ACAGUACACAGGAGCAGCUCCCUGCUGACCAGAACCUCUAUUGGACAUGUCUUUGUCACCUGGCACAAGAGUUUGUUCAGCUGCUCAUGCAGCAUCUGUGCUCCUGGCUGCAGUCGUGUACAUCACAAAGUGAGAAAUUGAAUGUGACACCUUAUAGGCCUUUUCCACCGACCAAACUGGCAUGGAAUGGGAAGGAUCGGGUCACUAAAUAUUUUGUUUCGAUUGUUUAAACCAGUCCAGGAAACUUACCCGAACCGGUCCAGUAGCGGGCCAGAGCGGGACCCCUUCUGUUGUGGGUCCAGAGAGUUUUGGUCUGGGCGGAGCCACAGCGUAAAAGGUCCAGAGUCCUCUGAUUGGGGGAGAAAUUACGUAACUACCCGCGACAAUCCCAGGGGAUGGAAAAAGAAGUGAGUCGAGUUCCAGUGUUUGUUUGGCUGUACUUCUUGUGUGUGAAAAUGCCUGCGAGUAAUAGCUUUUGGUCCAAUGUGGAGCUUCAAACGUUCCUCACCAUCAUCGGAGAUAGCAACAUUCAGGCCGAGCUGGAUGGGAUGAUAAGAAAUGAGAAAGUCUUCAAAGAAGUUUCUCAGCGCAUGGCAGCUGAAGGAUUCCAGCGCACCUCCGAGCAGUGUUGUGCUAAGCUGAAAAAAAUGAAAGCCCACUACAGAAAAGUUAAGGACAGCAACGGCCGUAGUGGGAAUGGGCGAAGUACAUGGAAGUGGUACGAUGUGGUGGACGCUAUUUAUGGACACAGACCGUCAAACCGAGGCAGCGAAGGAGGCCUGGACUCAGCGACCAGUAUCCUGGAGUCACUCAUAAACCCUGUUGACACAUCUGAAGCGGAAAACACUCCCUCUUCAGAGGAACCAUCCACUUCCUCAAGUAGCACUCCAGGACCUUCUGUGCCACCAUCACCUCUGUCCAUACCUUCUGUGCCACCAUCGCCUCGGCCAAUUCCAUCGCCACCACCAUCACCUCUGUCCACUACCACUCGAGAGGAACAUCUACCAUGUCGUCGACGCACAGGUGACCGAAGACGGCGAUUGGAAGCACGGACACAGGUGAUAUUUGAUGAGUUGCAGAUCGCAGAUGGCAGGCAGAUGGACAGAAUGGAAGGCAUAAGCCGGGAGCAGGUUAACUGGAUGCAACAAGACGCAGCAGCAGCAAGGGAACAUGAAUUACAGAUCGCAGAGCGAUAUUUUGAACAUUUGGGUGCCCUAAAUGCUGUUCUUGGACUGGUCGCACAAAGAAUGGGCAGCUCCUCUGACUUCCUGCCACCACCCAGGCAGUAAGGAGCUAUGUAUUUGUCCCGUAAUUUUUUUUAUCCGUCUGUCCUUUUUAUCAAUAAAUUUUCAAAGAAAAAC